GGCGCGGCGGCGGAGGGGCUGGCGCUCCGCGUCCCGCCAUGUAACGCGCUCCCGCCCCCGCUCCGCUGCCCUGCGCUGCUCGCCCGGCUCCUCCCGCCCGGGAUGGGGGCCCGGCGCCCGGCCCGCCGCGGGGGCGCCCGGCCAUGAAGGGCGGCGGGGGAGCCGCUCCCAGCACCUGCCCGCCGCGAGGGGACCGCAGCGCCCGGGGACCGGCGGGGCUCCUCGCUUACUGCUAUGGACAGUGCUAUCACCCUGUGGCAGUUCCUCCUCCAGCUCCUCCAAGAGCCUCAGAACAAGAAUAUCAUCUGUUGGACCUCCAACGACGGGGAGUUCAAGCUGCUGAAGGCAGAGGAGGUGGCCAGACUCUGGGGGAUCCGCAAGAACAAGCCCAGCAUGAACUAUGAUAAACUCAGCCGUGCGCUCCGAUACUAUUACGUGAAGAAUAUCAUUAAAAAAGUGAGUGGUAAGAAGUUUGUGUACAAGUUUGUUUCUUAUCCGGAGAUUUUAAAUACGGAUCCACUUGUUGUGGCCCGAAUAGAAGGAGACCCUGAAGUGGCUGGUUUUGCAGAAGUUAGCAGUGCUCCAAAGGAUGUGGAAAACUGUGGGAAGGAAAAGUCUCAGUCAUGUGCUAAAUCCUCCAGCCGCAAUGACUAUAUCCACUCAGGCCUGUAUUCCUCCUUUACUCUGAACUCCCUCAACUCUUCCGGCGUAAAACUCUUCAGGUCCAUCAAGAUUGAGAAUCCAGCUGAGAAGCUGAUGGAGAAAAAGCCUGCUCAGGAUCCAACCCCCUCUGUCAUCAAGUUUGUAACCAUGCCCUCCAGAAAGCCUCCCUCUGCCCCCCUGGUCUCUACCCCUUCUGCAGUCUCUGCCACUUCUGCUGCUGCCACUUCAACCACAUCCUCUCUUCCCCUGGGAUCGGAAGAAACUCUCCAGACCUUGGAGACACUUGUUCUACCCAAGUUAACUGUCCCUGAAGCUCCAGCACCUUUGCCAAACUUAACCACCAGCUUCACCCCAACUCCACCCAUAUCCUCAGUUUCUCCCACUCUGCAAGUUCCUUCCACGCCCCCAUCGCCGCCCCUGAGCUCUAAUCCUGACCUGGACAUUGACACGGACAUAGAGUCCGUGGCUUCUCAGCAGCUGGAGCAGGUUCAGAGCCUUCAGCAUCAAUCCCCAGAGCCCAAAGAGCAGGAUUCAUCUGUACUGGAGAAGGAAUUUGCCAAUCACCUCUCCAGAUCUAAAAAACCCAAAGGUUUGGAGUUGGCUCCUACGCUCGUCAUCACAGGCAGCGAUCCAAGUCCACUGGGGAUUCUGAGUCCUUCUCUCCCAACUGCUUCUCUUACUCCAGCACUUUUCUCUCAGACUCCCAUCUUGCUGACCCCGAGUCCCCUGCUCUCCAGCAUUCACUUCUGGAGCACGCUGAGCCCGGUUGCUCCUCUCAGUCCUGCAAGGUUGCAAGGUGCUAACACGCUCUUUCAGUUUCCAUCAGUGCUGAACAGUCAUGGCCCAUUUACUCUGUCUGGACUGGAUGGACCCUCUACCCCCGGCCCGUUUUCCCCUGACCUACAGAAGACAUAGCACAUGAACUCAUGGAAAGGACACAUUGGCAAGCAAGGGAAAGAUAUGACACUUCUAUUUAACCAUGUUUUUUAAAUGAGCAAUUUAUAAUUCCACAGAGAUUAUCAACAAUCAUAGUUUUUGCCAUUCCCAGAUAAAAUGCCUUUUUUUGCAAAAUUCCCUUUUCUUGAAGACCCAGGUUGGGAAUGUAUAUGCAAACGCCUUAAUAGGAGCUGGAGCUCCAGUCUCUUCUCUUCCCUCCUUGGUUUGGGAAUCUUCCCCGUGGCUGAAGGGAGUUCGGUUGGUGUUGCAGGAACUGAGUCUGCACUGAUUGCAGGAAUUGGUAUCAGAGAAGCCUUUUCGCUGCCACUCUUGGAAAAAAAACAAACCAAACCCCUCUGUUCUUCUGCUUCCUGUGCUUGGCAAGAAGGAAUCUAAUCAGGAUCGAAGCUGGCAUUCCAGGAAAUGCUUGGGAAAGGGGUGUGUGCAUCGGCUUCGCCUUGGGGCCUGGUAACUUCUGCAGCAACACAACAGCCCGUGUCUUUUUCUGCUGUAAAAACAUCUUGUCUUUUUUUGCAGGGAGAAAUUUUUCAAAGGAAUAUUAAGUGGUGGUUGUGUUACUGAGAUACGGACAGUUUUUGAAUGGCAUUUACAUAUCAACAGUCUCCAGCCCCUCGGAGGAGCUCCCUGGCUGGCUUCUGGAUGCUUCCCUGCCCCCCCCUUCCGCGGGGAACGCGGCCUUGGAGACACGUGAAUGGUGGGAUUAGUUCCUUUCAGUUCUCAGAAAGUUUGAAUGCUGAAGUCCAAACAUUUCUUGUGCCAGAGACCCGUUACAAAGCUUGUAAUCUCACUGCUGGAAGAUGAGCAGGAUGGUGGAUUUUCCAGGAGGUUUUGAGGGUGUAUUUGGUGAGGUUGCUGCCUGAUGGGGGAGAGCUUCAGACCCAAACCUUGGGGGAGAACACUAACAUCUGAGCAUUUGUGUGACUGCUCUUUUCCCACAGCUGAGAUGGAGAAGCUCCUCUUCUACCAGCUCUUAUCUCAAGUUUUGCUUUAGAGCUAUUGCUUUUUUGAUUUGAGGAAGCACUCAGACCCAGGGUCAGUCGGGCUCGGUGUGUGGAGCCAGCUGAGAGGGGGCACCACGGCCCAGCAGCCUCCUUGUAAAUUUGUGCUUGGGUUGCUUUUCUUGGUGGCCGUGUGUGUAUGGAUUAAUAUGAGGUCGGUUUGCAGAGCCAUUUGAAACACUGAUGAAAUUAAGUUUGUAGGUAGAUUUUUAAACCUCAGGAGGCCUUUUAAGAGAACUGAGGGAAUGAAAGAAGAGAGACUCUCACAGCCCCUCAGAGACUGGAUACCACGAUCUGUCGGUGCUGGGCCCACUUUGGGCAUCUGAUGUCAGGCAGCAACUUCCAUUUGCUACUGUGAGUUGGUGAUGUAAGAUCUCCUUCUCCAUAAAAUACCUGCUAGAAAACAGAUGGAGACCAUCUCUUUCCUUUGGCAUCCUCACUGGCUGUCUUCAAGGCUAUAAUGAGCAGAGGAAGAUGGUACCUUUACAGCACGAGGAGCUAACAGUGCACUCUGUAUAUAUGGCACCUCUCAUGGAUCAGUGGGGAACUCAGGCUUCCCAGAGUUUUCCUUUUGCCACUUUUGCAGACUCUGAAUUCACUUAAAGCAUCUGACAAUACCCAAGACUUAAUUUCCUGCGGUGAUGUUACCUUUCUGUAUUCUAGCAUUGAAAUAUGUAAACCACUUGGUCUGUUCCUGACACGACCCCCCAGGUGGGUGGGUGUGACAGAGUUGCUUUUUGGGCAUUGUUCAUCCAGAGAGUCCCCUGCCCAGUGGGAGGAAAGAGUUUGCCUUCUUCAGGUGGAGCUGGCAGGGACUGAGCUCUUGUAGUGACUGUCUUCCCGUUGGGUGAUGUCAGGCAUGACACUGCUUUGCCUUGGAGACAUCAGCAGAGGCAGGAUUGAAGUUCCUGUGCCAGCAGCUCUGAAAAUGACAAUGUGCAAUAUUGACUUUAUUUUAUUGUAUUAUUUUAUAUUUUUUUUUUUGGUCACUGCAGAAAGAAAGCUGCAGGUCAUAAUUAAGAGCAGGCACCUGGAAUUUUCUGGUUUGCAUGAUGGCUUGUGAGUCUGCUCUAGAAAACAUGUAUAGCUAUAUAGAAAUAGCAGCACUUUUAAUGGUUGUUUUAGGUUGGCCAAUUUUAUGCCCACCAAGAGUGUGGACUUGAGAGCAACAUUGCAGACUAGGAUUAGAGUUUAAAAAAUAAUUAAUGAGCACUAAAGACUUGCAAUUUAAUUGCUUCCCUUUCCUUGUCCCCUAUGGAGAAAAGCCAAGUUUAUUUGUUGAAAAAGUUGUGUAUGUGCACACAUGCACUUAAUGUUUUGUAAACUGUAUCACUUUCAGCAUAGGUAUGCAAGAGAACCAAAUGCUAAUGUAGCUGGUCAGUUGUGCUUGGCCAGGUUCCAUGCUCUUCUCCAAGCAGCUUCCUAGGAUUGCACUGCCAGAGCUGGUUGGGGAGGUGCACAUUCCCUUGGGGAAGAACUUCUGCAGAGAAACUUAAUGUGAAAAGGCAGGCUGAGUGUGUGUUGGUUCCAGUCUGGUGAUACCCAACUUCCUGGCAGCACUGAGGAGGUGAUUGCUUUUGCUUCUUAAGCACCUGCCUAAGAAAACAAAAGUCCUGCAUAGGAUUAUAGUCUCAGGAGGCAGUUGGGAGAGCAAGUUGAAAGGGGAGGGGAGGUGGGAGAGGAGAGGCGUGCUCACCUUUUCUCCAUUGCAACUUCCAGGUCACUUAAGGUAAUAUUAACUUGUAUAUAUGCUGCCUCAUUAAACACACAUUUACUAACGAGUAUGGAACUGCCAGCUUUUUUGGAUCACAUUCCCAACUGAGCACAGAGCUGCUGUGACUUCUUGGAGCUUGGUUAUGUGAAUUGCUGGCACUUUUACUGACUCACUUCAGGAGCAGUUUGCAGCUCGUUGCAACUUGUUUUUUAAUUUAGUGUAGGGAAGGUGGGGGUUCCUAUUGGCUCUCUUAAUUCUCAUGUUAGCAGCCUCUGGGAUGGGUGUAGUACUGUGUUGGGGUAACAAAAUAAUCAUGCAGCAUUACAGAGGUGUUUUAUUUCAUUACAGUUGGUGUUGCUGAAGUAACCCUGGUGGUGUUGAACGCUUGGUAAUCUUUGCAUUGGUUAAUUCGUGGGUGGUGGUAGAAUCAGGCUGGAUGAGCGUGGAAGCUGAACAUCUGUCUUGCUUCUGGAAAUCUCUUUUACAUGUCCCUGCUGCUGUGAGGUGGCACUGCAGGGCUGGGCAGCUGGCACUGCUGGUGCUGUGUGUGCUGUGUCUGGCUUGCUUUGAGAUCCUGAGCUGUCAGGAUGCCACCAGCAGCACGUGCUGCCAGCAGGACCAUCCAGGGAAAGCAGAAACGUGCUAAUAACACCCUAUGGUUGUAGAACCACACUUGUUGUGUCUUAACUGUUUUCAGAGAAUGUGAUCCUGGGAAUGAGGGUGAUGGAGGAAAUUGUUUAUUUAUACUUUAUUUCUUAACAGCAGCUUAAGUCUAGAUCCUUGUUUCAGAAAUUGGUCUUCAGCAGUGAGGGCUGAAUGUCAUUCCUAUGCACUGUCUUUGGCACAUUCAGGUUGCAUUUUGCAGUAGGUCAGGAAGUGAUGAAAUUCCUUGGAUUUGAAAAUUCAUUGUUUGAACUUAGAGUAUCCUAAGACUUCAGUAUCCAUGCAAUCUUUGGCAAAAUGGAGCGUGCAUUGUAAUAUGAAAGGCUUUGGCUGUUGAGUUGGUUUGUUUGGGAUGAUUUCUCCCUCUGAUCUGUUUUCAAACCUCAGUUACUUAGCAAAUAGUUCUUCUUGGUUUUGCAGUGUUCACUUUCACCCCAGGGAAGGCUGCUCCCUGCCUGCCUUCCUUUACACAGCUUUCCACAGCGCAGUGGGAUGCAGGAAUGUCAGAUUCCCUCAUGGCUUCAACUUCCAUGGGAGAACUUGUGCAGGUGGAGCUGGGAGGCAGGAGCUGGGCUGGUGCCUGCUGUGGUUCCUCAGGUGAGCACAGGCACUCAGUUCUGAUCCAUUCCUGUAGCCUUUUCCUAGUGCUGAGGUCAGGACCUACACUUCCUGCAGCCUGUUGGCUGCCCGUGGGUUAUUCAUGUAUCUUUUAGUUACUUUUUGCCAUUGUUUUAUAGCAUUUUUUGUAUGUACUCAUGUUUUACUCUACAAUUUAACCUCUUCCAUUUUUAAUGCAUAUUUUGUUUACAAGACACAUCUCAGUGUUGUAUCAAGAGGCUAUCUUGGUAUUGUCAGCUAUGAAUAUAAACUACAUCAGUAGUUGAGGAACAUUGUCCAAGUUGACAGGUAUUUUUAAAACUUGAUGUUUGAGUUUUGGGUGUCCAUAACAAUGGAGGUCUGGUUUGUUCCUUAGUUUUCCCGUGUAAGGAACACGCAUGUACCUUCUGGCCUUCCAGGUCCUGCGUCUGGAUGGUUUAUUUUGUCUUAAUAACCAUGGAGUGUGGUAUUGCAAACAAACAGCCCAAGCCCCACAGGACCUUGCACUGAGCAGAGAAGUUGAAAAUCCAUUAGAAUUGUAGUCGUGUUGCUUAGAAGCUCUUUGGGAUCUUUAAUGAGGAGUCGUGUGUCUUGCCGAAACAGGAAUUUUUUAUGGUUUGAUUAGAAUUUAAUUAAACAGUAAUUGGCUGUGGCUGCUGUUUAGUCAGAACAGUAUUAGCAGAUCUGCUUCAUGUGGGAGCCUUUGGCUAUUGGCAUCAAGUUGAGUGGGGGUUAAUGCGUGACAUGGAAAGGAUCUGCUGGAAUCAGGGACUGUCAGAUGGAGAUUAAAAGAGCAAAUGCUUCGACGGUUCCUGCGGGGCCGGUGCUGCCACAGGCUUUGGCCUGGAGGGACAUCUGUGGACGUGGCAUCCCACUGGGUUUGCACGAGUAGUAAGGACCCUGUGGGAAGAAUUUUUGAAAGCAGAACCAAUUCUUUUCUCCUUAGCUUGCUUUUAGGCACGAGGAUGUAAAGUAGGGGCUACGAAGCUGCAGCGGUGUCAGCGCAGCCAGAGCUCUGCUGUGCGGGUCAUCCACAGAGCUCCUGUGAAAGUUCCUCACUGUCUUGGUGCCCUCUAAAGCAGAAGGGUUGAGCUUUGGUUUUUAGGUGUCUCAUGGAUCUUGAGCUGAAGAACAUUAUUCUUGCCUUUGUACAAAGAACAAAGGAAGAUAAGGGAGGAUGUUCAGGGCAGUGCAGUCAAUCCAUGGUUGUUUCUGGAGGAUGCGGCUCGACUGACCAUCACCAGGCUUGGCAAAAAAUGUGACCUGCAAGGUAAGAAACCUGGGCAGGACCCAGUGUUUGUUCCUGAAGGUGUCUGCUGGUGUGUUGCCCUCUGGGGACAGCACCAUGUCUGCUUUGUAGAAAUUAAUUCCACAGAAAAAAACAAGUAAAACUGACUAGAGUUUCUUUGUGUUUACCCCCUCCCAAAGAAUGUAGUAAAAGAUUUUGACUGUGGAGCUAUUCCAGACAUCUGAUAAAAAUCAUACUUUGAGAGCUGAAAACUUGUUUUUAGGUGAUUAACUGAGACUGGAUUUGCUCUCUCUCCAUAUGAACAUCCCUGUGCACAUGUGCUCACUGCCAGGAUGGAUGUUCAGUACCUGCUCUGGCUUCCAGCUCUAGAUAAACACCACUUCCCCAGGAUGCUCAGAGCAAUUUCUGCACCACUGAGCAGCUGCCAGUUCUGGAUGUUUUUUGCACAUGCUGGUGUGUUUUUUUGGGGCUUUUUUUUUUGUUUUUUUUUUAAAUGUAUAGUACUCAAAUCAAUUAUACCACAGUGUGGACUAGUAAGUUGCCAAAGGAUAUUUUUAAAUGCGCUGUUGAGAUUGUUGAAUGCCACAUCUUCUGAAAAAAAGUGUCUUAAACGUGUCUUUGAGUAGUUUUAUGUUCAUGGAACAAAAGUUUGGACUUUGUACUGAAAAUCACUUGCUUCUCUGGUGAGACCAUGCGUUGCAGAAGGUUUACAUCUCAAAGUAAGGUUUUUGGCAGGGGGUGUAACAGGAUAAAUAUGAACCUUUGGGGAACAGGGAUCUUUUACUGGAGAUGCAGAAGGAACUGCCAGCAGCACAGGGAGGAGAGGCUGGAAGGUGUGUUUGGAGCCCACUCAGUCCUCAAGCAGCCUGUGCAGCAGUGCUGUGCUAAUAACUGGAACCUGUUGGCUUUUUGUUUUUGUUUUCUUUGGGGUUUUUGGGAUUGUUUUGUGUUUGUUUUUUUUUGAUCACAGGAGGGUUUGAGGAUGGCCUCUGCAUGGUUCCUAGUGUGUGCUGUGUGCUGGGGGGGUGAGGGGGGGUUACAAUACCUGGAUUUGCUCUAAGCUCUUUGAGAUGUGUUCUUUUUUUGGCUGGCAUGUCUUAAAUCUUCAGGCUUUGAAAACUGCUUUAUAGAAUUGUGUUGACUUUUUGUUCUGCUGUUGUUCAGUUGCACAGAGUUUUCUAUAUAUGAUGUAGUAGUUUUAACGUUAAUUCUCUGUGAACAGGGUUGAAAUUAUUCAUUGUAGUUUAAAAAAAAAAAAAAAGUUGUAUUCUAGAAAAAAAUCCCACAAAACCUCCCUUUUAAAAAAUCUUGUUUGUAUCUGUUGCAGUGUUACCAGAUGGCCUUAUGUACCUCACAGUGUUUGUGAUAAGUACAGUAGCAGAUUUAUUGCUUAUCUGUCCCCCUCCCCCUCUGUUUUAUAGCUGAGAAGUGUAUUCUUGAUAAUAGAGAGGAAUCAAGGGGAAGAUUCUAGCAACAUGUAUGGUAAGGAGAGGGGUUGUCUCCUCUAAUGGGUGUUAAGACAGCUGGAAUUAAUCUGGGAGUGAAGCAGCUCUGAACAGGGAUUGUUAACCAGCAUGAGACUUUGUCUUGGGAAUUCUGGGAACCUUCGAGUGAGCUGGUGGCAGAUGGGACUUGUUUGCCAGGAGCUUGGAAAUGGGAAUAGAUCUGUUGGCUUCACUGCAACUGCUCUGACUUAGAACAGCUGAGACUGCUCUGUGCAGCUUUGUAGCUGUGGUCAGAUAGAGUCGUUUCAGUUAAAUUUUAGAGAACCAAAUCAACCUAACCAGCUGUGGUGACAGUUCUGUUUAUUUUGGGGGGUGCACAUCUGUUUUGGAAAGUGACUUUCUGAUGCCUUUAGCGUUCACUCCGUAAUGGAGCUUGUAGGUUAACGGGGUUCUUUGCAGAUCAGCAAGGUGAUGUCUGGAGUGCUUUUUAUACUCCAGCAGCUCUGACAUCUCAGAGCAGCCACUCAUGUCUCUUAACUUACUUUUUAACUCUGGAAUGGAUUCCAUUUUACUGUCCUGUGAUUUUAGUAGAACUGUUAGUGAUGACAAUUCUAGUGAAAGCAGCGGCGAUAAUGAUUUCUGCUACUCUUUCCAGAACAGAAUUGCAUUUAAAAUUAUAAAUAUAUAUAUAUAUUUAUAUAUAGCACCAAGUCAAGAGACAAAGCAAGUUAUGUUGUAGUGAGUGUCUUACCUUCCUGCACUGGAGGCUUUUUCAAGACACUGUCUUUUUCAGACAGCUGGAACCUGCAGCGCUUUGUUGCAGCUGGGGGAACUUGCCUGGGAGAGAACAGCUUCUCAGUCUAACCUUUAUUUGAAAAUAACACCUUAUAAUAAGAGUAUCUUAAUGCCAUUGUGUUUAAAAAAAAAUAAAAAUAAAAUGCUGGUAUGUAAUGCAAGUACAUAAAUAGCCAAAGUUUUCAGUAAUUGUUCAGUGUUACUAAAUUUGCUUUUAUUUAACCUUCCAAGAUCACGUUAGAAAGACCUUCAGCGUGUUGAUAUUGUACUGACAAGUCUGAUCAACUUGAUUUAUAGCAGAUAUGCAGUUAUUUGAACACAUUUCAGGUUUGAAUACAAUUUUGGAGGCAAAGUUCCAAGAUGCAAAAACUUACUUUGGAGGAAGUGCACUGGAAUGACACUUCAGAGUAACAAAUGCUGCUUUGGACGAGUGGCAGGUUGGCAGUUGUUAUUCAAACAUCAUGAAGGUCUUUCCUGAGAAAUCAGGUGACUUUUCUAUUGCUUCAAUUUUUAUGUGCAAAAAAAAAAAACAAAACAACACAAAAAAAAAACAAACAAAAAAUUAAAUCAAUGUAUUGCAAUCUUUUUUUAAAAAAAAAAUAAUUAAAAAAAAUGGGGUGGGAAUAGUUAAAGAAAACUAUUUUAUGUAAGAACUGACAGAGGGAUUUGCUUUGUAUAAUGCAAGCUGGCUUUAAAAAAAAAAAAAAAAGCAUUGUAGCAAAUUAUUCAAGUCAAUCAUAUGUUAAUAGUUAUGUGCAACCAGACAUGCAAAACAAUUGUAUUUUUUUAAAUAAAUAUUUUUAACAAA